AUGGAAGCCCUUCCCACAGCAAGACAAGUGGAAGGCGCCGCUGUGUGCCACGAAGAACAGUCUUUCUGGGUGAACUCGCGCCUGCGCACGGUGGCGUGCAACGCAUCGCAGCCGUUGAUCACGAAUGCGCCUGACAUGCUCAACAACAUCUUCGUGCCGCUCUACGCCUGCCCCUUCCAGGAACGCCUCGGGCCCUGGGGCGAAGGCGGCAAGUGGAUAUGUAAUGUGCCAUCAGCAAUCCAGCCCAAUCCUAUUAUCUACAGCAUUCACUCCAACGCAGCGUACGGCUUUGAGCUGGCGGCGUCCAUAGCGCUGCACACGCGGCCGCAUGUGUUCAGCUCGUCGCUGUCGGCGGAGCAGCAGGCGGCAGUGAGGGCGGUGGCGCACGUGGAGUUCCACGAGGCGGGGCUGGCGCUGGCCAAGGACGCCAAGCCCACGGACGUCUCGCUGCCCGACCUGCUGGCUGCGGCCAAGCACACCUACGUGGACGUGCUCUACCUCGCAGCGGACUGCCCCGAGUGUGAGGUUGCCUUCAUCCGCCAACUCAACGCCUCCUACGGCUCCAACCCCGCCUCCGGCCUCUCCCGCUCAGGAGGCCUGCUGCCCUUCGGCCAGAUCAUGAUGCUGCUCAGCCACAUAGGGCAGACGCGGCAGAUGCUAGAGGUGGAGUACACGUUGGAGAAUCUGGGCUACCGAUUGUUCCACGUGGAGACCAAGCCCAACGGCCACCUGGAGGUGGCCUACAUCCACGCCUCCCUUGUGCAGCCGCCCCAACCCGCUGACUGCCCCGUCGACACUGCCGGCCUCAAGUACCCCGACCACCAGCAGAUUGACGAUGCCUCACUGUGCCAUGCUGAGUCUACUUAUCAGGUGAACAUGGCGCUGCGGCGGGCGGCACUGGGGGCGGAGCAGCCGCUGACGCUGUCGCUGGCGGAGAUGAAGGAGCUCAUCUACGUGCCGCUCUACCCCUGCCCCUAUGAGGAACGCAUUGGCGAGUGGGGUGACGGCGGCAAGUGGAUCUGCAUGAUUCCAACGGCGUUACAGUCCAAGCCUCUCGUGUACAGUGUGGGGAGCAACGAGCAGUUUGCGUUUGAGCAGGGCAUGGCGGAGUCGGUGCGCACCAAGGCGUUCACGUUUGACCCGUUCAUCACGGCGACGCAGCAGGCGCACAUGCGCUCGCUGCCCUUCCUGCACUUCCACGCCAUCGGCGUGGCGGGCGAGGAGUCGCUGGCGUACUACCACAAGCAGAACCCCGACUACGACUUCAAGACGCUCGCACAGCUCAUGCUCUUCCUCAACCAUACCUAUGUCGACGUGCUCAAGAUCGACUGCGAGGGCUGCGAGGUCGCCUUUGUGCGCGACAUCGCCCGCGCCUACGGCUCCGAACCCGCCACCCUCGCCAGCAAGGGCGGCGUGCUGCCCUUCGGCCAAGUGCUCAUGGAACUGCACCACCUUCUAUUCCCUCCUCCCCUCGGCUCCCUCUCUGACUGGCAUGGCAGGAUCACGAACACCAAGGCGAUGCUGGCGCUGCUGUACACGUUUGAGAGUCUGGGGUACCGGCUGUUCCACGUGGAGACGAACCCGCUGUGCCUCAUCUGCAUCGAGGUGGCCUACAUCCACGACUCCCUCCUCCAGCCCGCCAACCCCCAGGCCUGCCCCAAAGCCCCCCUCAACGACCCUGCCACCCUCGCCAAAAUCUCAGCUACUGGUAGUGCUAAAGCCGCUGUUGCUGCUGACGUGGGCAGUGCAGAAGCAGCCAAGGACGCUCCAGCAGCAGUUAAGGAACCUGAAGGUGCACCAGCAGCAGCUGCAGCAGCAUCAGAGGCAGAGGCAGGUGAUGCAACAUCAGGGGCCAUUUCCCCUGUGACGGAUGCAGUAGACGGAGACUCGGAAAAGCCUGUUGUAGGAACAGGGUUGGGAGAUGCAGAGGAGAAGGUCGAGAAAGGAGAGGAGGCGGCACAUUUGGGAGGCGAGACAGCAGUGCAAGGUGCUGAGGCCGGUGCUGCUGAUGCAACCAGUGCUGCUGAUAUUACCACUCCUGCUGAUACUGCCAGUGCUGCUGGUGCUGCCAGUGCAACCGCCACCACUGACGCUGCUGAGCCUGAUGCAAAUGCCAAGAGCCCUUUAGAGUCUGGUUCUAGCUCUGGCAGCAGCGGGUUAAAUUUGUUGGAUCCAGACGAUGCUAGUCCUGAGUCUACUGGUAACGCCUUGAGGCUUAUCAACAAUGAAAGCGGCAGCAGCGGUGGAGCUAAUGCAGAGGGAACCAGCAGUAGCACAGUGAGCAGCAGUAGUACGAGUAGCAGCAGUAGCAGUGACAGUAGCAUAGUGGCAAGUGGGGCGACGAGUGACAUUGCAUGGAAGGAGCCUCUGGGGGAUAGCAGCCAUGUGGAUGGUUCUGCUCUCUGCCACGCUGACCGCUCCUAUUAUGUGAACUCGCGCCUGCGCACGGUGGCGUGCAACGCAUCGCAGCCGUUGAUCACGAAUGCGCCUGACAUGCUCAACAACAUCUUCGUGCCGCUCUACGCCUGCCCCUUCCAGGAACGCCUCGGGCCGUGGGGCGAAGGCGGCAAGUGGGUGUGCAUGGCCCCAGCUGCCUUUCAGUCAGCGCCAGUUGUUUACAGCAUUCACUCCAACGCAGCGUACGGCUUUGAGCUGGCGGCGUCCAUAGCGCUGCACACGCGGCCACAUGUGUUCAGCUCGUCGCUGUCGGCGGAGCAGCAGGUGGCAGUGAGGGCGGUGGUGCACGUGGAGUUCCACGAGGCGGGGCUGGCGCUGGCCAAGGACGCCAAGCCCACGGACGUCUCACUGCCCGACCUGCUGGCGGCGGCCAAGCACACCUACGUGGACGUGCUCUACCUCGCAGCGGACUGCCCCGAAUGUGAGGUUGCCUUCAUCCGCCAACUCAACGCCUCCUACGGCUCCAACCCCGCCUCCGGCCUCUCCCGCUCAGGAGGCCUGCUGCCCUUCGGCCAGAUCAUGAUGCUGCUGGCAAAUGUCCAACAAGUGCGGCAGAUGCUAGAGGUGGAGUACACGUUGGAGAAUCUGGGGUACCGGUUGUUCCACGUGGAGACCAAGCCCAACGGCCACCUGGAGGUGGCCUACAUCCACGCCUCCCUUGUGCAGCCGCCCCAACCCGCUGACUGCCCCGUCGACUCUGCCGGCCUCAAGUACCCCGACCACCAGCAGAUUGACGAUGCUGCUGUGUGCCAAGCAGAAUCUUCUUUCCAGGUGAACAUGGUGCUGCGGCGGGCGGCACUGGGGGCGGAGCAGCCGCUGACGCUGUCGCUGGCGGAGAUGAAGGAGCUCAUCUACGUGCCACUCUACCCCUGCCCCUACGAGGAACGCAUCGGCGAGUGGGGUGACGGCGGCAAGUGGGUGUGCAUGCUCGCGUCUGCACUGCAAAAGCAGCCAAUCGUCUACAGUGUGGGGAGCAACGAGCAGUUUGCGUUUGAGCAGGGCAUGGCGGAGUCGGUGCGCACCAAGGCGUUCACGUUUGACCCGUUCAUCACGGCGACGCAGCAGGCGCACAUGCGCUCGCUGCCCUUCCUGCACUUCCACGCCAUCGGCGUGGCGGGCGAGGAGUCGCUGGCGUACUACCACAAGCAGAACCCCGACUACGACUUCAAGACGCUCGCACAGCUCAUGCUCUUCCUCAACCACAGCUAUGUCGACGUGCUCAAGAUCGACUGCGAGGGCUGCGAGGUCGCCUUUGUGCACGACAUCGCCCGCGCCUACGGCUCCGAACCCGCCACCCUCGCCAGCAAGGGCGGCGUGCUGCCCUUCGGCCAAGUGCUCAUGGAACUGCACCAGAUCACGAACACCAAGGCGAUGCUGGCGCUGCUGUACACGUUUGAGAGUCUGGGGUACCGGCUGUUCCACGUGGAGACGAACCCGCUGUGCCUCAUCUGCAUCGAGGUGGCCUACAUCCACGACUCCCUCCUCCAGCCCGCCAACCCCCAGGCCUGCCCCAAAGCCCCCCUCAACGACCCCGCCACCCUCACCAAAAUCUCAGCCACUGGUGGUGGAGGUGGUUCUGCUGCUGUUGCUGAUGUCUCAGCCAAUGUCGACUUGCCGGCUGCUGGUGAAGGUGCUGCAAUGGCAAUCCGUGGCCUCCACGAGCGCCACGUGUCAGCACGAUAUCUCGCUCCUCGGAAUCGCGGCAGCAUGGUGAAAGUGACCAUGAUAGCGCGAGCCACGGACGGCCUGCCUCUGGCGGAGGGGCUGGACGACGGGCGGGAACAGCGGGAGGUGGAGGUGUACAAGCAGCAGGCCAAGUCGCUCUUCAAGCGCCUGUCGCAGGGCCUACCGCAGGCGUCGCGCAUGUCCAUCGAGACUGGCCCUUACUUCUUCCACUACAUAGUGGAGGGCGGCGUGUGCUAUCUGACGCUGUGCGAGCGGUCGUAUCCGAAGAAGCUGGCGUUCCAGUACCUGGAGGAGCUGCAGCGCGAGUUCGAAAAGGUCAACCGCUCGCAGAUCGAGACCGUCGCGCGCCCCUACUACUUCAUCAAGUUCGACACGUUUAUUCAGAAGACGCGCAAGCAGUACCUGGACACGCACACGCAGCGCAACAUCGACCGGCUGAACGAUGAUCUCAUAGAGGUGCAGCAGAUCAUGACUCGCAACAUCCAAGACGUGCUCGGCACCGGGGAGAAACUCGACCAUCUGACGCAAGUGUCCAGCCGGCUAUCUACAGAGUCCAGCGCAUACGCCAAGAAGGCCAAGCAACUCAGCCAACAGGCUCUUUUGAGAAAAUGGGCGCCCAUUGCCAUCUUAGUGCUCGUGGUCGUCAUGGUCUUCUAUGCCCGCCGCCUCUUCUACUCGUGA